AUGAACGCUCCGCAUCGCCCUGCCCAGCCCGUGGCUCUUCCGCCGCAGCGGCCCCAGGUUGGCAUUGAGCGCCUGCCUGCGCGCAACGUCAACUCGGAGCCUCGCGAGUCCAUGAAUUGCAAGUCGUGCCGGAAGCGAAAGGUGAGUCUGGCUGGCAUUGGAGCGGCUUCCCCUCCUGGCUGCUGUUGCGCCGCUCCCCUAUUUGAUAUCCACCGUGAUUAUAUAUUACUAUCAAGUGUAAUCGUCUUCGUCCAUCUUGCGAAGCGUGUCUGGUGUUUCAAUGCCCGUGUGUAUACGGUAAGUUCUGAUUCCGCCUCCUUAUGGUGGGGUGGAGGGGGGGUUCCAUCCGAGAGCCACGAGCGAGCUCUUGGAGACAUCCACGUCGCGGCAACCCGGUUUUUAAACUUUGGCACAAGUACUCAUGCCCAUUGGUCCCUUAUAGAUGCCGUGCCCAAGAAGCGAGGGCCAAAGACUGAUGUCUUGGAGGCUCUCCUGAAGAGAGUGGACGGGUUGGAAGCCAAGCUGAAGGAGAAGAACGCCGAGAGCGAACAGCCGUCAGAAUCGUCAGAAUCGUCGACGCAAGAGCCGCAAGCAGCGGAAUCAUCGACAAAGAGGCAGCCGGCCGAGCGAGAUGCCGCAGAACCUGUUGCUAAGCGACGGGCGACCGAGGAGAAGACGACGACAACGACUCCCAACGUCACAGAGCUGCCGCUUUUUUCCCCACAGACAUCGACGACUGGAGACCCCGCCACACCCUCCAUACAGACGGAUGCUCUUCUCGACACCUACUUCAAUCGCUUCCACAACAAGCCUUUCCACAUCGUGGAUGAGACGCUGAUCCGGAAACGCAUCCAACUCAACCAGCUUCCGCCCUUUCUGUUCAACGCCAUUGCCGCCGUUGCCGCUAGACAUACGCCACAUUCCAAUGGGUUUCGAGCAGCCGUCAAACUCGGUGAUGACUAUGCCUCUCGCGCUAGGAGCGCAAUCGACAUUGAUGAGCCUUCCAUUGACAACCUUCAAGCAAUUGUUCUGUUGGCAAUUGCAUAUACCGCCUCUGGAAAGGGGAGGAAGGCCUUUAUGCUAAUCACCAACGCGAUUGGCAUGAUCAUGGCACUCGAGCUACAUCGUGAGAUGGACCCACAGGCUCAAAUUACACCCCUGGAACGCGAAACUCGAAGACAGCUCUUCUGGUCAUGCUACUUGUUAGAUCGCUUCUCAGCCUCUGGUUCCAAGCGUCCAUCCCUCAUCGGCGACGACUGUAUUGCUCUCAGACUCCCCUCAUGGUCUCCAGUGGUUUCUGGAAUGCCAAUGCCCGUGGACGGCGACUUCUUCCUCUGCGGAUCCAACCUGCAGUACUUCCAGGGCAGCGGCAAAAAGUCCCAAGGCACUUCGGGCAUGCUCAUUGACAUAACGCGCAUCCUAGGCGUGACAAAUCGAUAUCUUGCAGCCGGAGGUGUCAAAGGCGACUCACAUUUCCCUUGGCACUCGCUGUCAAAUCUAUCCAAGAUCAGACAAGACUUGGACGUCUGGGCGUCCGGCACAGAUGGCGUUUUCGCCACGACAGAUGUUCUAUUUGGUCAACCCGACUCAACCGUUCUCGUCUUGUGUAAACUAAUCUACCAUCUCAUUCACUGCUUGAUCUACCGACCUUUCCUUCCCAUCAGCCUCGCCGAGUUAGCCGGAAAUGGACAGCACCAGUCCUGGCAGAUUGAGGCGACCAACAUGUGCUUCUUCCAUGCAAAUGCCAUUACGGAGCUGGCAGAAAUGGGUAGGCAGAUGCAGACUAUUGAGUGGCCGUCAUUCGUCGGCUACUGUAUCUGCACCGCCGGCACCGUUCACAUCCACGGCGCGCAUUACGGCAAACAAGGCACCAGCGGCGAGAUGAGCGCCUUCUCCGCCUCCUCAGAUUUCCUAUCACGCGAGAUGCAAUUCCUGAGCGACCUGCGGUUUACAUGGGCCAUUGUUCAGCACCAGCGAGACAUGCUCCGACGGCUAUACGAGGCUCAUCGAGAGCUGGUCAAGACACUUACCGGAAGCGCAAUGCGAUAUACCCCCGGUUUCCAGCUUGAAGACUUUUUCGACAGAUAUUCCAACAUUGGAGGGCCCGGCGGACCAACUUUCCAUUUCGACACGGCCAAUCUUAGUUUGGCGGAUGAGCUGGUUGACUACUCCAAUGAACCGACUCCCUUGUCCGACGUGCAAUCUCCUUGGCCCACGGAGAACAGGCCGAGUCACAAACGGAAGAAUACGCCACAACCUUCCCUCCAGGGCAUUCCUCUGCCCCUCACCCCUACCAUGUCGGUGACGAGCUAUCCCCGCCAAACUAUGCCCAUGCAGUCGGGGUUGAUGGCCGCUCCGUCAAAUCCUGCAGUCGCUGCCAUGGCUGAGAUGAUGCCCACACACCUGGAUCCUCAACAGCAACAGCAACAUCACAUGAGCGCCAUGCGCAGCACUGUCGACUCUCAUCCAGCCAUGGGCGGCUAUGGUCUUCCGCAUCCUGCUCACCCGGGUGCAGGCCCAGGAGGCAUGGCGGCCAUGGGCGGCAUGGCCUUUAGUCCUGCAUUCACCUACAACCUCGCAUCUUCCCAGAACCCAUCCAACAUUCCUCAGCAGCCAGCCAUCAACGAUACCAGCGGCGGGUUCGACAUCAUGUUUGGAACUAUACCUGCCAGUGCUUAUGGCAGUCCUGCGACAUGGCAGGCGGGAGUCGGCCAGGCCACUCCGGGCGCUACGGCUCCCAGCCCGAGCAACAAGAGCCAUACGGGCAGCACUGGCACGACGGACGAGAAGGAUCCUUUUAUGAGCUUGUUGGAGCAACUUGCCAAUGACGAGCAGAGGCAGAAUAGUGGGCUGAAGAGCGAGCUUGAUUUCUUCUUGUCGGGCACAGCAGGUUCCUCAUAA